AUGAGCGACAGAGAUACGACAGAGGAUGAAGGCAACCACGGAAACGAUGACACCCGCUGCUUCAUCCUGUCCACACUAGCUUCCCAGGGACGAUCCAAGGUUCAGUGCGUCCUGUGCGAGGAGCAGUUGCUUGUUUUCGACAGGUAUCCUUUGGUGGAUGGUACAUUCUUUCUCAGUCCAAGGCAGCAUGCAAAAAGUUGCAUUGAGGUGAAAGUGGAAGGACGCACCCAAUUUCUCACAGUGGUCUGCAUGGGCUGCCUAGAAGGCGUGAGCGGUCGCGCCAUCGUGUGCCGCUUCUGCAAUCAGAGGUGGGACGGAUCGUCCCUUGUUUUGGGCACCAUGUACUCCUACGAUAUAUUUGCAGCCAUGCCGUGUUGCACCGAAAGAAUUAAAUGCAACUCAUGCUACAAGCCCGUUCUACACCCCGCCCAGCGGCUGAACUUCUUCAGCGACUACAGCCACAUGGUCCCGUGUCCACACUGCCGCACCCUGGACACGCACUUCGUCAAGCCCCUCGGCUUCUGCUACACGCGUCAGCUGUCGCGGGCGCUGCAGAUGUGGCCAUAGCCCGCGGCCCCCCGAGCCGUCGCCAAGGCUCCGCCCACGCCACCCACCCCGCCCGAUCCGAACCCGCUCGACCUGGACCUGGGGCUGCUGUGGCGCGAACUGGCGGGCCUCCGUCUGGACGAGUUCUGCCGGCUGCAGUUGACGCGCGCCCGGUAGACCUGCCACCUUAGUUUUCUUUGUUAUGUUGUUGCAUUUUAUAUCACAUUUAUUUCGGGGGCGGUUUUGCGCGCGCCACUGGCGACGGCGCGCGUCGCGGGACCGCGCCCUUGAUAUCUGUUCUAUAUAAAAAACCGUUAUGUUAUUAGUUUAUUAUAUGUUUGUUAGUUUCUAGUGAAUUUAUUCAACUUAAGUCUUUUAUAAAAAGUGAAUGACAAUUGUGAUUAUAUCGUUAUCUUUAAGUUUAACUCGAAUUCAGACGCAAAAGCAGGUCUUGUCAAGGUCACCGGCGACAUCAGCGGACACCUUUGCGCUGGGGUGUUUUCGUGCAGGCAAUACGUCACUUCUAUACGACAGACAAAACGUCAUAACAGGUAUAAAAGGUCACCUAUUAUUAUUUGAUUGUAGAUGAAAUCUCUUUAGGAACAAAAUAGUAAAUACAAACAUAAAUAUUUUUCUGCGUUUGUUAUGAUGUUAUUACAAAAAACAAUUGAAUAUUGCUUGAAAGAAAUAUUAUCCAAACUUAUGACUUUUUAAAUGGGACACUUCAUAUAUUUUUAUGUAUUCUGUCAGAACGUGUUCUCAGGAUUACGGCGAAAAAGAUUUAAUGGAUCUAACUCUAAUAGUAUUGGAGAUAUGAUCAAAAGAAUAUAUCUUUUGCACUUUUUCCAUGUCAAAUUCAACCGUUUGUAAACCAAAUCGAUUUUUCGGGGGUUAAAUUCCUUCUGGUGGAACUAGAAAUUGAAGAGUUUGGAAAAAAUCGGAAAAAUUAGAAUUAGAAACCUUUCAACCAAUUCUUAUACCCUCAAAUGCCAUUAAUUCACAUAUGUAGCAUAUAAGCCAUUAACAACAUUGUUACUUCCAUGCUCAUAUGACACCAAAAAUAGAUGAAACAGUCGUCGGUUACCCGAUCUAUGACAUACUGAUGGGAACUAAUAAGUUCGAAACCGGUCAUCAUCCUAACUACUAGACAUUACGAGUAGAAUUCAAUUCUGGCUUGUUUCCCUCAAUAUCAUCAGUUUAAAAAUCUGUUUUUUCGUUUUCUUCUAAACCAAAAAAUCGGAAAGAUUGGAAGUAAUGAAAGAAACUCCGAAUAAAACCCCUUGAAGAAGUAUUUGUUAAAACAGUUUUCAAGAUAUUUUUUAAUCUCAAGGAGUAUGAAAAUGGCACAUUUUGAUAAAAUUUAUAUACUCGAGGUCUGGAUGCCUUCAAAUCUCAAAUUAGAAGACUCUGACACAUACUUACAAAAGCUAAAUAUGUCUUGUUUAAAACAACAGAAAUAAAUAAAAUUCGAAUUCAUCAUUUUUGAGUAAAUAAAGGAAAGAAAUAAAAUAUAAG